GGCCGCGCAGACUCAGUGAUCAGGGGGGCGGGGCCGCGCAGGCGUGGUGCGCGGCGGUAGCGGCGGCGGUGGAGGUGGUAGCGGCAGCAGCUGUCUGGUGGUUCCAGGAAGAUGGUGCUGAUUAAGGAAUUCCGUGUGGUUUUGCCCUGUUCUGUUCAGGAGUAUCAGGUUGGGCAACUUUACUCGGUUGCAGAAGCUAGUAAGAAUGAGACUGGUGGUGGAGAAGGAAUUGAAGUCUUAAAGAAUGAACCUUAUGAGAAGGAUGGAGAGAAGGGACAGUAUACACACAAAAUUUAUCACUUAAAGAGCAAAGUUCCUGGAUUCGUGAGACUGAUUGCUCCCGAGGGCUCCUUGGUAUUUCACGAGAAAGCCUGGAACGCAUAUCCCUACUGUAGAACAAUUGUAACGAAUGAAUAUAUGAAAGAUGAUUUCUUCAUUAAAAUCGAAACGUGGCACAAACCAGACUUGGGAACCUUAGAAAAUGUACACGGUUUAGAUCCGAACACGUGGAAAACUGUUGAAAUUGUCCACAUAGAUAUUGCAGAUCGAAGUCAAGUUGAACCAGCAGACUACAAAGCUGAUGAAGACCCAGCACUGUUCCAGUCAGCCAAGACCAAGAGAGGCCCUUUGGGACCCAACUGGAAGAAGGAGCUGGCAAACAACCCUGACUGCCCUCAGAUGUGUGCCUAUAAGCUGGUGACCAUCAAAUUCAAGUGGUGGGGGCUGCAGAGCAAAGUAGAAAACUUCAUUCAGAAGCAAGAAAAAAGGAUAUUUACAAACUUUCAUCGCCAGCUUUUCUGUUGGAUUGACAAGUGGAUUGAUCUGACAAUGGAAGAUAUUAGGCGAAUGGAAGAUGAAACCCAGAAAGAAUUAGAAACAUUACGUAAUCAAGGUCAAGUGAGGGGCACAAGUGCAGCCAGUGAUGAGUGAAGACUCUGACCAGGAUCUCGCGGUGUUGGCGUUUCCCAGCCACGUGCUGUGCUUGUGACUGCGGACUCACAUGCACAGCUUCCCAGCCACGUGUAUAUAUAUGUCUGUGUGUGUAUGUCUGUAGCUGUAUAUAAAACGCAUGUAGAGCUACAGAUCAGAAUACACACACUUGUGUAUAUAUGUACAUAUAAACAUACUGAAGGGAUUAGUACAAUUUCUCCAAAGUACUGUACCUAUCUUCAGCAAGAAUGCAAAAGAAAAUAUUUUCAAUAUAUAUACCUGGAACAGAUUUUAAUAAUCAGAGUAAUACCAUUAAUGGACAAAUUGACUGCAGUGUAAUACUAGCUGGUAUGUUUCAUAAAUGUCAAGUUGUGGACCAAUAAAUAUAUAUAUAUACAUACAUAAAUAUAUGUGUAUAUAUAUAGCCUUUUAUUACUUUUCUGUUCUUUUAAAUUAGUCUCUUAAAAUUUUUAUUUUAUUCUCAUAAGCAACUGACUCCCACACACACAAAAAAAAAAAAUUCAAAAUGUGUUGGUAUUCCAGUGAAUGUGGACUGUAAACGCUGAAUGUAUAUAUAACGAUUUAUUUCUGGAUGGUCAUUAUCUCACAGCCAAAUUGGAUAAUAUCUGUUAGUAAGGAGUGAAGUUAUAGGCCAGUUUUUACCUGUUUGCCCUGAGGGACAAAAUCCUUUUAAAAGAAAAAUCCGGUUUUUAUUGGAUUUUUGUAUUUUAAAUUUCAAGUAUUUUUCUACAUCAGACAUAGCAAAAAACGGAGAUGAUGUUUGUGGUGUAUAAUAAACACUAUACAAUGUUCAGGCUCCUGUUAGGCAAACAAAGAAAUUGAUGAAGAGAUUAAUAGCAUUGUAGGCUGUUUAGAAAAACGGGGAGUGCACUGCUUCCGCCGAGUCUUUUUUUGGAAAAGACUGUUUUCUGAAAUUACUGCUUGGAAACUAUGCAAAUGAGCUCGAUUCCUCACAGCUUACGCGCUAGAGUGUAGAUAGGGAUGGUGUUUUGCUCUUUUCAUGUUGAAACACUUUAAGGAAGAGAUACUGACUUUGAAAUAGGAAGCAUUUAAGAGGCAGCGUGAGGUCUGCCUGCACACGGUUAGGAGCCCUGCAGAGGGGCCAGUGCACCCCCACCCGCUUGGCCGUGCCCUCAAGUACAAGGUCAUUGGAACACGCCCUGAACAAGCAUCAUGGAAGUGCUGGUUAGAGCUGCUGCCCCCUUUUUGUUUUAAAGAAAGGAAGGACAGCUAGGUAGGAACUUAUCAGCUUGCUUUGUCCGAAUCGAGUUUUUCUCCUGUCAGUCAGUCAGUCAGUCAGUCAGCCCUGGAAGCUUGAAUAGAAUAUUGUUGAAGCCUUCAGGUUACAAACUGUCUUCUUUAACCUCCAGUCCCUCCUGCAACGCGCCAGCCCCUGUAGUCACAUCGCAUUAGUAGUCUGAUUCGCUGACAGUCCUGCCCCGCACCCCUCACUUCUCCCUCCCACGUGUCCCGUGUCCCCACCCAAGUGACCGUGGUGACUCAGACAAGGAUGUCUGCUGCUCCGUGACGCCGUGAUCCUCAGCUACCAGCCCCACCUGGCGUAUGUCCUCUGUGUACUCAGGAUCAAGACUGAUGUUUACUCUCCGAGCACUGUUGUAAGAUAGGUUUUGUCAUCGCAUAAUCAUUGUCGGCAAAGUGUUUGAUGCGAGGAGGAUUAUUGCUAAUUUUGUGAAAUAAAGAGUCUCGUCCUCUCCUCUUAAUGAACGUAACUCUCGCUGGCAGCUGUGGCAUCGUUGGGAGCUGGGGCGCACAUGGAGACGAGAGCCCAGCGCACGGAUUUUAAUGUUUUUCUAACAACUGUGGAGAUUUGAGGGAAUGUGUGGUGAAUGUAAAAUAUCUAGUUUACUUGGCAGUCUCUUGUGUAAAUUACAGUAAAACAAAGUAAAUGAAAUUUAAACAAAAAAUAAAUUUGAUCACAAAAUGCCA